UGUCAACUGAUCCGAUCAUCUACGAGCGUCUCAAGGCAACCCGACAUAGCGAUGCUUCAUUGAUCAAGAGCCAAAGAGGUGCGAGCCCACCAAUCAGCAUUGCGGAUCUCUGCCGAGCUCGGCAUCUUAUAUGAUCCUUCUGGUAUGGCGUUAUGUUCAUAUCUCCGGGCCUUUUGGAGCGAGCUUCCCUCCACGGUCAUAGUACGUUAUUCCGAUUGGUAGAUUCGGACUCCAUAGGUUGCCAUUUCUCUCACGAUAUUGGUGUCGUCAUAAGACAUGCUUCUGUAAACAACAUCGCCGCAGAGAUGGCAUCUUACAUUCACGUACAAAUACAAGUCUGUCUUCGCUGUUCUCAAGUGCAAUAUCGAAUUCCAAAAGUUACUCAAGCCAUUACCAAGAAUGACUUCAACGGAACCUCAUCCCGCUAUCGGAGCGCUCGAUCAGCUCCAACCUAGCAAACCACACGCCUUCGACCCUUCUGCCGAUAUCCCCUCACUCAAUGGGAAAAACAUUCUGAUCACGGGUGCGAACAGCGGCAUCGGAAAACAGACUGCCGUCGAAUUGGCUAAGCACAAUCCCGCGCAGAUCUGGAUCGCCGCUCGAAAUGAACAGUCAGGCCUCGAAGCUGUGCAAGACGUCAAGAAAACGGGGUCCAGCGUUGACGUGAGAUUUGUGUCCCUGGAAUUGACGUCCUUUGAGUCGAUCAAGGCGGCGGCCAAGAUUGUACUUGCAGAAGCAGCUCAGCUGGAUCUUCUGAUGUUGAACGCGGGAAUCAUGGGAGGACCUCCAGGCGUUACGGUGGAGGGAUACGAGCUAGCAUUCGGCACCAACCACGUCGGUCACGCAUUGCUAUUUGACAUGCUGGUUCCACUCCUCACCAAGUCCGCUGAGACGUCCGCGACCAAGCCUCGAGUAGUUUCCGUCAGCUCGCGUGGCCAUGCCUUCGAAGUCCCACCGGGAGGCAUCGCAUUCUCAACCCUGAAAUCAACCCAAUCGGAUCUCUCAGGGGUGACGCGUUACACGCAGUCGAAGCUCGCCAAUGUGGUGUACGCGCGAGAGAUUGCACGGCAUCACCCCUCGAUCAUCUCUGUGGCUAUCCAUCCAGAGGACGUAGCUACGCAGUUGUUCGACAAGGGUGUGCAGGGCGGUGGACCAGAGAUUGAGUACCUCGCGCGAGAAGUGGCGCCGAGAGUGGGCGUGAGCUUGGAGGAAGGCGUCAAGAAUGGGCUUUGGGCUAUGACCUCUGACGAUGUGCAGAGCGGCAGGUACUACGAACCUGUUGGCGUACUGGGCAAGGGCAGCGCCUUGUCUAGGGAUAGGGAGCUUGGGGAGAAGCUGUGGAAAUGGACGCAGGAAGAGCUUGGGAGCCAGGUCGUUUGAGCACCAUAUCCCUUUAUGAUCGAGUAGACAUUGUCC